AUGGCGUCUCAGGAGCAUCCGUCGUCAAGUUCUGCACCCCUGUCACCGUUGCCGUUGCCGCCUGCUGAGUUAGCAUCGCCGCUUCCUCCGCCACUCUUUAACGAGCCCUUCAUCAUGCCAGCAGCGCGCACCUCACGCUUCGCAGCGCCCGUGGACCGCGUCGUCGGCGAGGCAGAGCUGCUCCGUCAAAUGCGCUCCUUGCUCGGCCCCUUCGCGUCCACAUCCCGUCUCCUGAACCACCUGCGCGCCGUGCGCGGUAAGGUCCACUGGGCCGUCAAUCGCUACCUUCGCGAAGAGCUCAUGACCGGCUCUUCCUGCCCGGAUUUCGCUCCUCGGCCCUUACCGCGCGAUUCGUACCGAUCGGCUUCUUCCGUCGAGAGCUCCGCGCGUGGGAGGAGAGCGGAUGCAGCAGAUUCAGCAAGCGUGUCUGGAGAUGCGGGGUUUGCGGCGGCGGAAAGGGUUGAAGGUCCUGUCGUCGGAACUGUAGAGGAUGGAUUAGAAGGUGCGACGGUGUUAGCGGGCUCGCCGUGCGCGGACCGGUCAACUUGGCCAAUCCUAGACCCGCAGAUUAGGGCGCGCGCCGAACUACCGGGUGUCGCCGCGCACGGCGUCGCAUCUUCCGGCGACGCAGUGUCGUCGAGGCAAGGAAUCCCGGGCGCAGAAGCAGUCGUCACAGCGCGCGGACCGGUGUCUUUAGACGCGGACAGUAGAGACCUCUCAUGUUCCGCCGCCUCUCCUCCUCCGUCUGCGCGACCGUGCGCAUGCAUUCUCUCGUCGCUUUCCGCGUACGGUACCACGGUCGUCGCUGGCACUCCAGAUGCAGCGCUCACGGGCUGCGAAGAGGUCUCCGCCGCAGGGCGGAAAGCAGGUGCGGUGGAAGAAGUGGACGCGCGGGGAAGGGGAUUGGGUGCGCUGACGUGUGCCGCUUCGAGCGUCAAGUCUGUGUCGCAGGUAUUGCCGGGAUUGUUAUCGCCGGUGUCGCCAGGAAUGUUGGCGGAAGGAGGGGUAGCGGUUCUUGAGAGUGCUGAUCGGCUGACAGCGGUAGGCGGCAGGCAGCAGGCGGUAGCGCUGAUGCCCCAGCUGCAGGAGCAGGCGGACGAAGGGGACGCGGAUGACGCGGAGAAAGAGCGCCAGGGCGCAGCGGAGCGGCAUGGGGAAGGGAAGGCGGAGGGGCAGGGCGAAGGGGGCGGCAUGGGGACGGCGGAGUGGGAGAGUGUGCCUGAAGGGAUCUUGGAGUCAGUGUUUGCUCGGCUGGCUUUUGAAGACCUAGCCGCCGUGCUGCUCACGUGCUCCGCGUGGCAGGCAGUGGCGCGCAGUGACUGCCUGUGGAAGCAACUGUUUCUGCUGCGAUGGGGGCACUCUGCCACUCAAGCUAUUAUGCAGCAGCGGCGGCAGCAACAGCAAGAGCAGGAGCAACAGCUGGAGCAAGAGCAGGAGCAACAGGAGCAGGAGCAGGAGGAACUGGAGCAGGAGCAGGGGCAGAAAGAGAGCACGACGGUUACUAGCAGCAGAAGUGCGGUGGAGCAGCAGAGGACGGAUGAGCAAGUGCAUGAGGGGGUCGAUCUAGCACGGGGAGAUGACAGCAGCGGUGGAGAUACCUCAGCUCGUCCGUUGCAUCCAGACCACCAGCAGCAGCAGCCAGCAGUACCUGCAGCUCCGUUGUCAUGGCAAGAGGCGUUUCGGCAGCGUCUGGAGAGUGAGAGAGCGGCGCAGUGCCCCCAGUGCCGCAGGUCGCGCUUCGUGCCGAUCGUGUACGGCUUCCCAUUGGCUCCCCUGGUGGCGGGCAUGCGCAUGGCGCAGUGUGUGCUGGGAGGGGACCACCUGACAGACUACCCGGGGUACAACCCCCUGUGGGUGUGUGUGGGGUGCACAACCCGGUGGAGGAAGUACCCUUAUGCUGCUGACUGCGAAGGCCCCUACUUCCCGCCCUCGCUCUCCACCUCGUCUGCCUCGUCCACGGGCAAUGAGAUUGACGACUUUGAUGGUCUGGAGGCAGUGGCGGGUGUGGUGUGUUGGUCUUGGUGGGAAGAUGGUGUGCGGUCUGGAGGGUCUCGGGUUGUGGACGCACCCGCGCCCACUUCUACCCCUCCAGACUCUGCGCCUGGUGCGCCGGCUGCCGCCGCGGCUGCUCCCCCAGCCGCACCAGGAGCGCCGCCUGUCGCACCUCCCGCGACAGCCCCCCCGGCUGCGCAGACCACUGGGGCACCGAUCGCGCUGUCUGAUUUCGAUCAGGCGAAGCGCAAGGCGGAAGAGCUCGCGCAGAAGUUCCUUAACGCGGGAGGCGCGAAGCGGUCCAAGUUCGACGACGGGCCGCCCGCAGGCGUUGCCGCCGCCGUGGCUCCUCCCGGCGUGAGCGGCGCGAACGGCGGAGGCCCGCCGGGUGGUGUGGCGAGCUUCGCGCCCGGUCCUCCCGGAUCGCAAGGCUAUGGCGCUGGCGCGCAGCAGCAGAGCCAGCCGCCGCCGUACUACCAGCAGCCGCAGCAGGGGGACGCAGCGCCUUACUACGACCAACAGGGCGGCGCCGCUACGCAGUCAAAGAAGAUCGAUGUGCCGAACACGCGGGUGGGGUUGAUCAUCGGCAAGGGCGGCGAGACGAUCAAGUACCUGCAGGCGCAGUCGGGCGCCAAGAUCCAGGUCACGCGCGACAUGGAGGCGGACCCGCGCGCGCCCACGCGCCCCGUGGAGCUCUCGGGCACGGCGGAGCAGAUCGCGCAGGCGGAGCAGCUCAUCAAGCAAGUGCUCGAGGAGUCGGCGGCUGCCAGAGCGGCAGGAGGGGGAGGUGGAGGAGGCGGAGGAGGCGGAGGAGGCGGAGGAGGCGGAGGGGGGGGGUCGUACCCUGGAGCGCAGGGCGGAGGGGAGACGGUGACCAUCAAGAUCCCCAACAACAAGGUCGGCCUCAUGAUUGGUCGAGGUGGAGAGACGAUUAAGAGUCUUCAGGCGCGCUCCGGUGCAAGGAUUCAGGUGCAGAGCGAUCGCGAGGUGGAGCCGGGGUGCACGGAGCGCAACGUGAUGCUGAUGGGCAGCAAGGCGCAGACGGACAUGGCGCAGGACCUCAUCAAAGAGGUCCUCGACGACUGUGCAGAGCACAGCACAGCAGGGGACGCACUCAGCGCGCCACGCCACUCGCCCUCCGCGCGUCACUGCGUGCCGCGCGGCGCUGCUCCUUCAGUUGCCCUGCGCACCACACCAAACCGCACCAGAACACACCAGCCCAGCCCUCUGCGGGCCUCGCACGCCGCUUCCCCCGCCUGCCUGCGCGCCUCCUUCCCUUUCAGAGCCCCUCCGUCCUUGCAUCUCUCGCGCUCUCUUGCUUGGACUAAGUGCUUAGACUUCCUUACGCGCUUCUUGUCUCUUGAGAUGGACUUAGUCGUUACACCUCUCGUGCUCGUGCUCCUCAUUGUACUCGCAUUGCGUGGUGUUACGGAAUUCUUGUGUCUCGUUGACACCUGCUGUCUUGACUCUCUCUUUCUCUCCCUCUGUCGAGCUGAAAAGCUGUGUUCCCCCACCCUCUCUGACUUCCGUCCGCCCCUCUCCGCCUCCCUGUACGUACCUCCCCUACAUCCCCCCUCCACUUUACCCCCCUUCCCCUCCCCCCUCCCCAUCUCCGCCCUCGCCUCCAUGCCUCGCCACCCCAACCCGCCGUGA